AUGGCAGGUAGACAUCAAGCACAAUACGCGCGUUAUAGUUCGUCGAAUCCAUCAUAUCCAAAUACAGGAGGUAACAACAGCAACAAUAGCAACAACAACAACAACAACAACUUGAAUAUCCCGUAUCCUCCAUCCCAGAAUAACAAUGCACAAUAUAACCAACAGCAACAGCAGCACCAACAACAGCAGCAUCAACAACAGCAUCUACAACAACAACAGCAGCAGCAACAGGCUUAUGGCAAUGCUUCGUCUAUGGCAUCUCCUUACUCUACCAAUUCAUCGUCUUCUCCCGGCGGCUAUCACUCCCCCAACAUUAUUUCAAGAAACAACCAAAACACGCCUCUGAAAAAGUACACAUUGCAGCCACCUACUCGUAUAUUACCUCUCAGUAAAGCAAUGUCUUGCUUGGGCUUCCCCGGGAUGUUUCCUCAACGUCCAGGACAAGACGAAGAUAUCUUGACAGAAUCCAAUGUGCGCCAUGGAUUUGUCGAUCGGCCCGUCGUUUCGAAUGAACAUACGUGUGCGCAUGAUAUUGUGUAUGGAAAACUGCAAGAUGAUCAACGACUGCUGAACGAAUUGGGAAGUUUUAUGGUUGACGUUUUACAAAGACAAAGCAGAGCUGGUUGCAUUACUGGAUCGUCUUCUUUCAAACCACCUAUUCGAACGACAUUAAUAGACUCAAAGCGAGAGCAGUGGAUGCAAGAAUUGGCAGGCGGCAUUGUGCCAUUGAAAAAACUUGCGCGCAACGUACCUCAUGGAUUCAAGGGCGAGAAAUUACUAGAGACAUUGGCAGCGAAGCAAGUGCCAUUUUUACGAGCUACAUGGUACAUUAAGAUUGUGGGAUUAUCUGAAAUGAGUCAACGCAGUGCCAGCAAUGCAGCUACCUCUGUAGUGCCUCAACCCGUGCAAUGGACGGUCACUGUCACCAGUCAUCUCAAAAAGCAAUUGAGCGAGCUUAUGCCACCACUCGCCAACAACCCUAACAACGUAGCAAGUCCACACCCAAAUGCAGGAACACCUGGCCGUGGCUACAAGGGUUACAAUGCAUCCAACCACCAUGACAACAAUGCGCCCAAACCAUGGGCAUCACCUGAAAACAGAGCUCGAUUUGAGCACAGAUGGUCGUAUAGUGUCAAAUUAGCACGAUGGCAGUAUUUUGAAGGAUUGCUGGAUCAGCGCACAUUUUUGAAAUGGACGUUGGACACGUUGGCAGGAAGCGGAUCAUUUGAAAUUAUGUGGUUGGUUUUGACAGGCAUUAUUCAAGAUUAUGUGGAUGAGUACAAGCGUAACAGAACACUGACAAAACUGCUGAUUGAGACGUUGAUCAAAUCAUACAGUGCGCUAACACAGUUUAUUCGUCAAACACCGCCAGACACAAACGCAUUGGCAGUGCACUACGGCUUACAAAAGGACAUUGAGCACUUGCUGCAGUCAUUGUUCCUAUCUACACCCGACAUGUUUGUUGUGCCCAAACUCUACCACCAAUACCGCUAUUUAUUCAACUCGAUUCUGGGCGACGAGAGCCGACAAAAGCCAUCCAAAAGCUUGCCUGAUGUGUGUCGUGUCAUGAAGGAGUACUGGACCAUGAUUAAGGCACGCAAUGAAGUAUUUUGUGGUACCUUGGAGGAAAACAAAAUGAAGUCAGACCAGCAUUCCGUAGACAUGGACAGUAAAGCACAACCCAAUGACUCGAUACCCUCUGACGCUGCUGCUGCUGCUGCCACUGUUGGCUCAUCAUCACCAUUGGCGUCCACCCACAUCUCGGACGCUGUGUAUGAGGAGCGUGUCGUGCAUGUCUUGGAUAGCAUUGGAAGACAUGUGGAUAGUAUCACUGGAUUAUUGCUGGAUAACGAUACUUGGGUGGACAUCAAGGGACACACUGCCAAAUCAGCAUCCAAAUCUAUUUUUGGUACCACACGUCUUCAGUCUCAGGCACUGAUCAAGCUAAUCAACAUCAUGUGUCGCUGGGCAACAAGCGAGUCGCGCUACGGCGAUUGGAAGCCGUACCUCGUUGCUUCCAUACUGCUUUCUUGGAGAGAACAAGACAAGAACAAUGACAACAAGGUGCUUUUGCAAGAAGCAUUGAUUCGAUUUUUAGACGACGAGGCUUGUCCUAAAGCAAGCGAAACCACCAUAGACGCACAGACACUAGACACGAUAGACCAAGAUUCCAUAGAGAAAACUAACACACCUGUCAUAUAUUUAUUUGAUGUAUUGAUACGAUUACAGCUGUUCUCCUACCAAAAGUACCUUCUUAGACUCAUUGCUCGUGGUGAUCUAGAACCCAAGCGUCGACAUGUCAAACAAAUCCAGCAAUGCCUGCACCAUUUGGCAUCGUUUCCUUUACUCAGUCCUGCACCGCCGUAUCUGAUCAACCAGAGACGUGUUGCCUUGUACGGUACUCGAAGCGACAGCGAUAGUAAAGAGGAAGUAGAGUCGCUAGAACGCUUAAAGCAUUUGGCACGGCUGGCAGUAGCUGGAUUUGAUCAUCGUGAUACCGACUGCUUGUUUGGUGCAGAGGCCAAGGAGAUGACACAGCCAGUGCCGACAGAUUCAGUGCAGUCUUACGAAUUGUCGCUGACAGAAGAGAUCAAGAGCGACUUGACCAGUGCAAUGGAUGCCACCAGCCGCUACUCUAUUUUGAAUUUCACUAGCUGGUUACUGAACGAAGUGAAACGAUUUGUUGUCAAGAGCAUACAAAUUGGCGAGGAUAACUGGAGAGUCAUGACAUCGCCAGGGUCUUGCCUAUUGAACACACGACAAUUUGUUACCAUCGUUCGAAUCAUGGAAUGUGCCAAAGACUAUCUAACCAUCACAGAAGUAGCGUUGUGGGCGUUGGAAAAGUCCAAUGAUCCAGUGCUGUAUCCCUACAUUAUCGAUACACUUCGCAAGUAUUCUAACUACUGGAAGCUAACAAACAGUGGCACCCGAGUGGCCAAUGUAGUCUGGGCAAAGCACCUCAACCUAUCCAGCCGUGGAAACAGAGAACGAUGCAUCAUGAUGUACAUGGUGCAAUUGGUGCAAGAAGGAUACCAAAUGGACGAUCUUGUGAGAACACAACUAAAGCAAGAUUUACAGGUCAAGUCCAAACUAAGGGGGCGAUACAGCAACAGUGUGUCUGUCAAGGAUGAAUUAACACAGUUAGCCAAGGAACCUGCGGCUUCAUCACUGCAGCUGGUUUCUGAAUCCCUCAGUGUACCUUCUCAAAAUGCAGCCGGCUGGAUCGGUGCCAUCUUGGAAAGUGCGGGCGAAGUGCUGCGUAUGGUGGCCAAGGAGAAGCACAUCACGGAACAAGCGAAAUUACAUCAACUGCCAUUCUCUUCUGCCUUGUAUGACUUCCAUCGCAUCGUGCGCGCUUUUGCCAAUGUGCUCAAGGAUGUGGCCAACCACACCACACUGACAGGGCAAGCAGACGAGGUCGUCAUACACUGGCUGUGCAACAACGAGAUUGUUCUUCAAGACAUGAACCAGGAGUGCUCUUGGGUGCCGUUCUUUGUCGCCAUUCUGGUCGCUUACAAUGUCAUUAGUCUCAGCACUGUAGUCAAGGAAUUCGCACUGCCCUGGUUUGAGCAGGUGAACUAUGAUUGUCAGCAGCAUUACGGAGCAGAAGAGAGCAAGCUCAUCGUGUUUUGUCAGAAUCUGAUCGCCUUGAUCCGGUUACUGAUCAUUCAGACCAGCAACCAGUCUAAAUCAGAGGAAGAGGUAACGGCCCAUACGGUGCACUGGCAGUUGCGCGUAGAAGACUUUUACCGACUCCAAGUGCAGCGACAAUCUCAACUGGCAAGUAGCCUGGACCGCAUUGAGCCCAUGUUUGGACUGAUGGAGCGACUGGUGAUGAUCGCGACCAGCCUUCCGCUCAGCUCAAAUCUGUUGCAGGAUUUAGUGAUGCUGCGUGCUGAUCUGUUGCAAAUCACCUGGUUUAGACAGGCAUGUCUUCGUGAUUUGAACGGUGUGUAUCAACGAUUCGCCGCCAGAGAAGCAGAGGCAGCCAUGGAGAAACGCAUGAAGAAGAAGAUGUUGGAUAUUGUCGACGAGCUGAUUGGAGGAAACAGCCUGGUGGGUGGUGAAAGACAGGGCGCUGUUGUGCAGGAUACCACGCCUGAUUUUGUAGAUAAACUUCAUAGAGUCUUUUUGAACGUGAGUCAGUGGAAUGAAGCUCAAUGCCGUGUGCAAGUCAACCUGCUGCUGGACAACAUCUCGCUAUCGGAUGGCCAUUCACAGAACCCCAACAACCCGCAUAUCUUGGGCGACGAUAUAUCCAUGGACAUGCCACCAACAGAAUCCGUGUCUUCCUCCAACAAGGACUUGCAGUCGUUUGUCUAUUUCUUUUACGAUGUGGUGCUGGCAGACGGUAAAGAAGAAUCGGACCCUGUCAAGGCUCAACGCAGAUUCCAGUUCUUCAAAAAUCUGAUACACGAAUUGCGAGAACCCGUGUUGCUGGAACUCUUGCAUCAUGGAGCUCGAUUGCUGGAGGGCGAUCCAUCUCAAAGCUUUCCUGAAAACGUGCUUUUGAUGCAAGCGACAGAUCCCGGCCAUCACUUUGAUUCUGUCAAAUACGCGUACCGUAGUCAAGCCUUCCUCAAUAUCACGCAACAUAUGCUCGCUGAAAAUGUGUGGUCCAACGAAAAGAAGAUUGAGCUGGUCAAGACUGUGUUUGGCCAGAUCACUCGCUUUAAGAACAGCCUCUCCAUCUACCGUGUGAUGCAAGGCGCCAAUGUCUGCUAUGCUGAUGCGGCAAAUGCGCUUCAGUUGGUCAAGAACAAUGUGGAUAUGGCGAUUGCGUUGCUUGUGACAGAAGGACCCGCUGAAUAUACAGGCGAGGAGACAGAGAAGGAUCUGAAGCUCUCUAUUCAAGAUAUCAGAAACAGCCUUUUGGUUCGACUGAGGCUUGUGGUGCCAUUUGCUUCACUUAUCUGGGAACAUCCCAAGGUGGAUGAAUGCGAUAUUAUGGAAUGGAUCAAGGUUCUUGUUCCGUUGCUAGGGAACCCCAUUGUACACGGCAAUGGUAGCCAAGAGCGAUUCUUUGAGUUUGUGCUAGACUUUGUGUCAUUAUUGAUUGAUGAGGUGCCAAAAGAUUUAAAGAAAAAGAGCUUGAUUCUGCUGGGAUCGAUGCAUAACGAACUGACAUCCGUGCCUGCCAUGUUCCAUAGCCGAGUCAAGCGCAUCAUGCCCUUCUUGACACACAACCUCUACUUGGCCAACACGAGACUGGCAUCUUCCAUGCUUGGAUUACCUCCUACCAACGAUCCUCAACAACAACAGCAGCAUUUAGAGACGUGCCUAGAGCAGAGCAAACCAUGGGAGUGGCUUGAAGAUUAUGUGAGUGAGCCCCCUCAUGACAACGAUGCGCCCAUCAGCUUGAGUCUGUUCAAUGCAAAGAAAUCGAAACGAAUUGAAAAUACCUAUGUGCGGUGGUUUAAGUUUGGAUUUGAUGAAGGAUCCAGUUCAAGAAGACGUCGACUGGACCAGGACACUACACACAUCUCCAGCAUCCAGGUGGAUAAAAACAAGGAAGAAACGAUGGACGAAAAUGGCUUUAUUUUCAUUGUGGAUGAUGAUGAAGAGAUGCAAAGUACAAACACACCUAAUAUUGCAAAAAAGAGAAAAGUCGAAAUGGAAGAAGGCGAGCUGCCGUGA